AUGCCACGUAACGGAGAUGGAUCAAGCGACAAUGGGCCCAUUGAAGGGCAUGAAAUUGUUCAUGGCGCCUCUGGAGAUAAAACCCUCCAGCAUACCAAACAUGUUGCUCCCAUGCCCGAAGCCGAAGCCGGAGACUCUCUCCCCGGCAUGGGCGCCGGCGGCGUCGCAGACGUUGUCCAAGGGGACUCUGAGGAAUUCGGCACCAACGAGCCCAAGAAAGAUCCUCUUGACGUCAAUGACAACAACAACGCGGACACACCCAUGGAGGAUCGCGACACGUCCUCCUCUCGACCCUCAGGCGCCAAGCGUCAAAAGACCGGCGACAUCGACGUCUCCGGUUCCCAAAAGACGUCCUCUACGUCUACAUCUAAGUCCACCUCCACCUCGACGUCUCACGUAAACAGGAAGACUAAAUCAGCUGCUCAAUCCAUGCCUGGCUCUGGCUCUGGCUCUGGCUCGGCUGGGUCCGCGGACCCCAACGAUCUAGAUCAAAUCGCGCGCCACAAGGCAGAGAAGUACGUUGCGCUAGAUCAAGACGAAGUCGCCAUGUCGUCUGCCAACACUGAGGCGGAGAAGCGCGAUGCUCGCGCUGAGAGAGGCGCUGAUGCAUUGGACGAGGCGAAGACGGGAGGUAAGGCGAGUGGAGAGAAGAAUGGGGGUCAUGCUGAUGUUGAGGAGAUGCAUGGGAAGGCCGAUACAAAGAAGAAUCAAGAACCUCGUUCUGGUGCCGGGGAAAGCGGUGGUAAGAAUGCGGGUAAGGGUGCGAAUGGACAUGCGGAUGGGAAGACCAAGAUGGAAGGGGGCAAUGACCUUGACAAGGUGCAGAGGCAUCAGGCGGAGAAGUUUGGGUCGGUGAAUUUGGAGAAUGAGUAG